CCCACACCCGCGACCCGGAAGCGGCCUGUCAUAACAGAACGCUUCCGGAUGUGAGGCGGAGGAGGCUUUGCGGAAGGUAGAUGUCCCUGCUGAUGAGUGUGUGGAUAACUCGGAAUACGGUAGGAGGAAGUAUCUACAGAAAUGUCUGAUGUGAAUCCGCAUCUUUAGGUUUCCUCAUCUGAAGAUCUCUUUCACCAAUGGAUGUUCUUCAGUGGCUCUGCUGACUGAGGUGGAAAGGUUCUCGCUGUAGAUGUCCAAAUGAAAGCCUCAUUUCCCACGCGGUCUCCUCUGGCGCCUCUCCUCCUCUGUUCUGGACUCGCUGUGUACCUCGCCAGCGCACAAACCAUUUCUAAUGCAACCAGCGCCCACGCACUCAGCCCGCACAAUGCGUCUUUUCAUGCGCAGCUCCGACUCUCAGCAAAUUCGCCCGCACACCACAACCUGAUCGCUAAAGAGGGAAGCAGCACGGUUAUAGAAUGUAACCUCAACACCACCCAAAAUGGAGACAUCAUGUGGUUUAACUCCAAAGGCCGUCCUCUGGGAGAGGUGGAAGGAGGAGGUAAAUGGGUGAUCUCAUCAAGCGGUGCUCUGAACAUAACAAGCGUGACGUUUGCCGAUCGUGGUAGGUACACCUGUAUGUACCCUGUUGGCAAUGGCACGUCCUUCUAUACAGUUACUCUCAGGGUCACCUUCACCUCUGGAGAUAUGGGCAUCUACUAUGUGAUUGUCUGCUUGGUGACCUUCACCAUCACUCUUAUCCUGAACAUCACCCGCCUCUGCAUGAUGAGCAGCCACUUACGAAAGACUGAGAAAGCCAUUAAUGAAUUCUUCAGAACUGAAGGAGCUGAGAAACUUCAAAAAGCUUUUGAGAUCGCCAAGCGUAUCCCGAUUAUAACCUCGGCCAAGACUCUAGAACUGGCCAAAGUCACUCAGUUUAAAACCAUGGAGUUCGCUCGUUAUAUAGAAGAGCUGGCCAGGAGCAUCCCGCUUCCCCCACUUAUCUUCAACUGCAGGGCCUUCAUGGAGGAGAUGUUUGAGGCCGUGAGGCUAGAUGACCCAGACCAGGUUGAUAAGGUGAAUAGUUUGGGUAUCUACACAAUCAGCCCACCUCUGCCACGCAGCAUAUCCCCAUCUGGAGACUCUGAAGACAGCUGUAUCAAUGGGCAGGAGAUAGCUGUAAAUGUGUCUGUCCACCCACAGUGCGAAACGCAAAGCAUCCACACGCAUAACUCUCAGGACAGUUAUCCCAUGGCUGGUCCUGAGGAAGUUGUGGCCAUGUUGGAUCCAGAGACCACACCAGAAGAUCAUGUAUGAGGUCGAUGUCAUCCCAAGUCAGAACCCAAGGAGCUUGCACCCAAUUCCAAACCCCACUGGCACACAAGUUUAUUCAAUCUAAUAUUCUUCACCGUUCAUGAUGAUGGGCUUUGGUGUCUCUUCAUAAUGCCGGAACUCACCUACAACAUACAGGGUUGAUAUGAGUUUGGGCCUAGUCCAUUUCCCCCUUUUUAGCCUCUGAAUGUGCCAACAAGCCCUAUGCCAGCGUCGCCAAUAAUAUUGUAGUGAACCAUGAUCGGUCUAAACCGUAUUCAGGAAUCAUAUCCCCAAAACUGUAGCCAGGCAGGUAAGUGAUGAGCUUUGAAACGCGGCUCACGUUGGAGUAAGACAGGGGCUUGGAUGUGUUAUUAUACAUUCAGUGUGCUUUGGGGCAGUUACAUUAUUAGGUCAUCUGGCCAAUUUUGCCCAUGGGCUAACAUUUGCCAUUCUGACGCUGUGAUGUAGUAUUCCAGAAUCUUCCAGCAUGUGCCAUAAAGAUGACUCCUGGUAAUUAGUAACCCCUUUGUU